UGGCUUUAAUGCCCGACGACAAGGGAUUUCGACGGUAAUUGAAUCCGGACACGCCGGCACGUCGCGGUUAAAAGUUUGAGGAGUGUUUGGCCAUGGCUGUGUACGCAGACGGUUUUGUCCGGCCUGUGUCCGAGGCGCGAUCGGCUUAAUUGACAAAAUUAGAUCUCGGUGUCCCAGCUGACGACUCCUAAGUGUAAGGGUCCCUUCAAUUAUGUAAAACGGUAAUAAAGCACCUUUAGCGCGCGCGAACUGGCGCAUGCAUGUUAAUUCUUUCUGAGUGACCCGACGAACGGAACCGGAAGCAAUGUCCCCUUUUUGUGCUAGCUGGCCCGUGCUUAGGUGCUUCGCCCAUCGAUUCGGUGGGAUUCGCGUUUUGAUCUGUCACGUGGAAGAAACCGAUCGCCCUCAACCGAGCACCCGAGCUGUCAAACCUCCCCCGUAAUCGGCUGGAUGAAGACCGCUCGCUUUGCGGGCUCGUGCUCGCCCAUAAAAAUAUCGAACGACCACCGUUUCGGGGCUGCACGUAUUCCCAUGCGCGCAUAUGGAAACGCGAAUAAUGGCACCACGAUAUUUCGUUUCCUCGUCGAUUCAGCUACUGAUUGUCGGAAUAUAAUUUCGGAAAAGGAUAUUCCAUUCUAUGAGAUUACGCGCGAUUCGUCGAGAACACGACGUUUAACGUUGCCGUUUCCGCGAAACAACCCUCUUGCGGCGCAAGAUAAACACGCAAGAAAUGGGAAACAAAAUUGCGCGGUCGACCGGUGGACACGCUAAGUUUCAGUAACAGAUAUAUAUAAAUUACUGACGGAUGGAUAAAGCGUUCGUGUGUUCCUGGUUGAACCACCAUGCUGCAGUCCGUCACGCUCGCAGCUUUAAUACCGAACGGCGAAAUCCGCUGGAGCGAUUUCUGGGGAUGAUCGGUGCAUCUUGCGGAGAGCGAAGCGGUCUUUAACGUGGGCGAAAGGAUGGGACAAACUAUGGGCAGGAUGCCUGAAACAUGGGAAGGACUCCUGGAAGAGAAAGAUCGCGUUUUACACUGGAGUUCCGAAGUAUUGGCGAGAGUGCAGGAUAAUGUUACGAACGAGGAUACAUUUUUGAUGGACUACGACGAUGACAAGAUCAACGCCAAAAUUGAUACGUGGAUUAAAACCAAUCGGACGCGGGUUGACGAGACGUUUAACAAAUUUCCAAAUGCGCCCGAUCAUCUCAAAAACGUAGUCAAUACCGGAAUCGAAAAGCUCACUGAAGAAAUACGAGGAAAAGUAAGAAAGGAUUACCAGAACGCGUACAACGACAUCAAGAAGUUCAACAAGAAGGUGGACCAAUUGGGCGCGGAAGAGAGGAAGAUUCACGCGGAUAUACAAAGUCUGGAAGCGGAAUGUGCGGGCGAUACGCAAAAAUUUCAAAAAAAGUUCGGGCCGCUGCGAGUGAAGGUUUUCGAUAACUUAAGAACCGGCGAGAAAAUGACAUUUCAAGAGAAAAGGCUAAAAAGUGACUUUACCAAAAAAGUACGAGUUUACUUUUGUAGAUAUAAAUCUCGCGGCCAAUAUCCCGAUAAUUUGAUUACGAUUAUUUUUAUCAGGUUUACGAUAUCGAUCACAAAAACUCUGCCGAGUGCAUGAAACGGAUCGACAAAUUGCUUAAAGAUUUCGAGAAAAACGCGAUGAAAGCAGUAUAAAUAAAGUUGACGGAAUCAUCGUCACGACUUGCGUUUUCAAAUGCUACACGAUAAAAAAUGAUAAAAUAAUGUAAUAAAUUUUCUUUGUACUAUUGCUUUUUUAUGAUAUCAGCUUUACCCAAAGUCGUUACGUAAGAUGAAUAAAAAAAAUUUAAUGUUUUAA